AUGGGGGGUGUGGGUCAGUGCCACGCCCCAGAGAUGCUGGCAGGGUGUCUCUGCUUCAAGCCAGGGGGGCUUGGUGUCCUGCACGGGGACCGCCAGCUCCUCUCCUGUUGCAGGGAAGCCACAGAGGACUCGCCUGCAGAGGGAGGAGCAUCCUGGGUCUCUCACGUCUGGAAUUCCUGGCCUCCGCCAUCCCUGGCCUCCGCCUCCCGGUGGCUGGGACGACAGUCCUGCACCCCUGCUCCCGCCUGGGCGCCCUCGUUUAAAAUCUGUCAGCGGGAGCCCGAGGGGCGCGUGAAGGUGGAUGUGGUGUUGCGGGCGGCCGAGGCGCUCCUGGCGUGCUGCCCCGAGGACCAGAAGCCGGAGAUCCUGGCCCGGCUGAAGGACAUCAAGGCCCAGUGGGAGGAGACCGUCACCUAUAUGACUCACUGUCACAGCCGCAUCGAGUGGGUGUGGCUGCACUGGAGCGAGUACCUGCUGGCCCGGGACGAGUUCUACCGCUGGUUCCAGAAGAUGACGGUCACUCUGGAGCCCCAGGUGGAGCUGCAGCUGGGCCUGAAGGAGAAGCAGUGGCAGCUGAGUCACGCCCAGGUGCUGCUGCACAACGUGGACAACCAGGCCGUGCUCCUGGACCGGCUGCUGGAGGAGGCGGGCUCCCUGUUCAACAGGAUCGGGGACCCCAGCGUGGACGAAGAGGCCCAGAAGAGGAUGAAGGCCGAGUACGACGCAGUGAGGGCCAAAGCCCAGGACCGGGUGGACGUGCUGGAGCGGGUGGCCCAGGAGCACGAGCAGUACCAGGCGAGCGUGGAGGAGUUCCAGCUGUGGCUGAGGGCCGUGGUGGAGAAGGUGCACGGCUGCAUGGGGCGGGGCUGCACGCUGCCGCCCACCCUCCGCCUCUCCGCGCUGCAGGACAUGGCCAAGGACUUCCCCCGGGGCGAGGAGUCUCUGAGGGGGCUGCAGGAGCAGUCCGAAGGCGUCAUUCAGAACACCUCUCCUCUGGGCGCGGAGAAGAUCCUGGGAGAACUGGAGGAGAUGCGGAAGGUCCUGGAGAAGCUGCGUGGCCUCUGGGAGGAGGAGGAGGAGCGGCUGCAGGGACUGCUCUCGUCCAGGGGGGCCUGUGAGCGGCAGAUGGGGCUGCUGGAGGCCGAGCUUGGAGAGUUCAAGAAGGGACUUCAGAGGCUGGCCCAGGAGGGCCUGGAGCCUGCAGGGAAGGAGGCAGGGACUGAGGACGAGCUGGUGGCCCGCUGGAGGCUGUACUCGGCAACACGGGCAGCGCUGGCCUCCGAGGAGCCCCGGGUGGCCUGGCUACAGGCCCAGCUGAAGGACCUCGUGGCCUUCCCCGACCUGCAGCCGCUCUCCGACAGCGUGGUGGCCGCCAUCCAGGAGUACCAGAGCCUGAAGGGGAAGAGCACCAGGCUCCGCAACGCCACGGGGGUGGAGCUGUGGCAGGGCUUCCAGCGCCCCCUGCAGGGCCUGCAGCUGUGGAGGGCCCUGGCCCAGCGGCUCCUGGGGGUCACCGCCAGCCUGCCAGACCUGCCCUCCAUCCACACCUUCCUGCCCCAGAUCGAGGCGGCCCUGGCAGAAAGCUCCCGCCUCAAAGAGCAGCUGGCGAUGCUGCAGCUGAAGACGGACCUGCUGAGCAGCAUCUUUGGCCCAGAGCGAGCCAGCGCCCUCCUGGAGCAGGUGGCGAGUUCCGUGAGGGACAGGGACCUCCUGCAUAACAGCCUCCUGCAGAGGAAGAGCAAGCUGCAGAGUUUGCUUGAUCAGCACAAGGACUUUGGGGCUGCUUUUGAACCCCUACAGAGGAAGCUCUUAGACCUCCAAGUUAGAAUCCAAGCUGAGAAAGGGCUUCAGCGGGACCUUCCUGGAAAACAGGCCCAGCUCUUGAGGUUGCAGGGGCUGCAGGAAGAGGGGCUGGAGCUGGGCCUGCAGAUGGAAGCCAUGCAGCCUCUUGUCCAGGGGAAUCCCAACCACCAGCACAAGAUGGACCAGCUUACUUCUGACCACCAGGCCCUGCAGAGGCCCCUGGAGGACCUCGUGGACAGGUGUCGGCAGAGCGUGCGGGAGCACUGCACCUUCAGCCACCAGCUGCAGGAGCUGCGGCAGUGGGUCACUGUGGUCACACAGCUGCUGGAGUCACACCAGCGGGACGUGGGCCCGUGGGAUGCUGCGUCCCGAGAGGCCGAGGUGGAGAGGCUGCUGGCUGACCUCCCUGAGAAGGAGGCCCAGCUGCCCCUGGUCGAGGCGCACGGCCAGCUGGUGAUGGAGAAGUCUUCUCCUGAGGGAGCGGCCUUGGUCCAGGCGGAGCUGCGGGAGCUGGUGGAGGCUUGGCGGGCCCUGAGGCUGCUGGAGGAGCACCUGCUGAGCCUCAUCAGAAGCCAGCAGCUGCAGAGUACAGAGGUGGACACCGGGAAGAAGCUGGUCUUCACCAACAACAUCCCGAAGUCUGGGUACCUCAUCAACCCCAUGGACCCCGUUCCCAGGCACCGUCGUGGGGCCGACCUGCUGGAGGAAGACGGAGGCAGCCAUGAAGAUUUCCCCCAGCUCCUGAGGAACUUUGAGCAGUGGCUCCAGGUAGAAAACUCCAAGCUGGUUCGAACCAUUGCCAUGAGAACCAGCACCGCCAAGGGCUUGAGGACCAGAGAGACGAAGCUGCAGGAGCUAGAGGCUCGAGUGCCCACGGGUCAGCAUCUAUUCGAGAACCUCCUUCGUCUUGGGCCAGCCAGGGGCACCUCGGACGAGCUGGAGGAUCUGCGUUACCGCUGGAUGCUGUACAAGUCCAAGCUCAAGGACUCCAGCCACCUGCUGACGCUGAGUUCUCCCGGGGACCCCACCGGAUUCCAAAAGGUACGCAGCGGAGGCGGAGGCGGCGGUGGCGGUGCGGGCUCCUCCGGAAGGCGUGCUGCGUGGCGCUCCCGCUGCAGAUGCUGUUCCUGCUCUUCCUGCUCCUGCUCCUCCUGCUCCCGGUGGGGGAAGAGGACCGCAGCUGCACCCAGGCCAACAACUUCGCCCGCUCUUUCGCGUUCAUGCUGCGCUAUAGUGGCCCUCCGCCCACCUAGCCCACUGGGGCACACAGGUGACAUCCUUUCCCAACCGCCAGCAAUCCCAGGGCCCCUCCUGAGGUUGCCUGCUGGGGAACCUGGAACCGGGUAGGCCAGAGACCACAGAGCUGCCUGGACAUAAACCCCACACCAGGGUUUCCAGAACAAACUCGCUUUUAUACAGCAUUGUCAUCGUCCGUUUAUACCUAAAUGUGUAUCUGUAUGACUCGGGACAACGUCUAGGACUUCUAUAUUCACCUAUGUAAACGCUCAGUAUGUCCAGCUUCCUACCUGAUGUCUCUCUAGUCAGCAAGGUUCCUAUCAGUGUCCUUCUCCAGGGGGACUUUGUGGCCUUUGUGCCUUGGCCUGCCAUCGGCCCUGACAAGCAGGAGCAGUACACAACACGUUAUGACAAACUCUCACCCAGAAGCCAGUCCCCAAUCCAGGUGUCAGAGCUGUGAGCACAGGAGAGCAGAGCAGACCCUCGCUCGCUGGGAGCUCAGGACUCUAGCUGUAUGCAGGAUGAGGACAAACAUGCUAACUUGGUCUUAAAGCCUGGACGGGGAGGUGGAGAGAGUGAGGGUGGGAGAGGGCACCGUGGGGGCAGUGGGAGGUGGAAGAGGCCGUGACAUUCAGGGAGGUGGGGACGAACCCUGAAGGGCAGACAGAACUAGGAGAGCACAGCGUAAGGGGGCACUGAGCAAGAGUGGCACCAAGUGCCGGCGUUCUGAGAGCACAGACCCACAGCGGGUGUCCCUGGAGAGUUCCAGAUGGGCUUAGAUUUCGUCUGUCUAGUUCAGGAAGAAGGGAAGGAGCUAGGCUUUACUUUUUAUUUAUACUAGAGGAUGAAAUGUUCCAGGUAGCAAGCAGCCCCUGCAGCUGCAGGGAGAGUUGUGUGACCUCUUCAGCCGAGGGACUGAGUGUUGUCACCUAGAAGCUGAGCUGAAGGUGAGCUCUGGCCACACUGGGGGUAGGGACAGAGGGUCCAACACAGACAAGACUCAACCUCGGAGCGCAGCCUGUCCGAAGGGUGCUCCUUCCCCUUCCCACAGGUCCCUGGACCAUGAAUGUCUCACCUGCACCCCGCUGGGGUCCCAGGGCCCAGGUCACCAGCGUGGCCUUUGGACCAGGUCUAGGCACGUGGGCUCCAUGCACUACCUGGGAUGUGGCCAAGGUGACUCCAUGUUGGGUCCCAGAGCCAGAAAUAUCUCUUCCUCCCAGGGGAUUCUGGGAUGGAUCCUAAGUGCCUUCAAAGUGGAUCACGUUUCCAUAAAUGAACACUAAAUUCUCUUUUAUUUAGUGCUCACUCUUUACAAACAGAUUUUAUCUAUUUAUAAAUAUUUUAUCUAUUUGCUCAACUGCUAGCAGGAGGCCAGCGGAGUGGUAUCAGACUUGGAAUCAUGAAGUAUUGUAGACACGGGGGAACUUUAAGCAGAGGGGAAACCAAGGCCCAAGAGAGCCCUGAGCCCCAGACCACUGCUGUCGCACACAGGCUGGCCCCCUCCCCCCAGCAUUGCCUGGUUAUGGUGCAGCAGUCCUCACGGGGCCCUGGCUAGGAGGAGCUGGGCAUCUGCAGGGCAGGCAAACUGUGCUGGGGCACUCCAGGCCCUGACUCCCUCCAGAUGUUUGGGAACCAGUCACAAAGGCUGCUCUCAGUAGGCGGCCACUUUACUGGAAAGUCAGGUGCUGGGUGAACUCGGGGCUCAGGCCAGGCCAAGCACAUAUGCUCCCUAGUCAUCUGCUCUAGCCCUAGAGGCUCACUAGUUAAUUGGUCCAGCCCUAGGCCACAGCAGAGGACCCUGAGUGCUCCCAUCUGAACUCUCCCACUUCACAGGCAAGAAAUCUGAGGCCUGGAGAGGGAAAGUUACUCACCCAUGGCCACACAGCAAGAGGCUGGGCCAAAGCUGAACCAGUCACCAUGGUCCUCGGGCAGUGCCCUGCUCAGUUUAACACAAUCCCCCCACAUUGGUACCUUCAAAAAGAAAGAGCCAGGCUGGGUUGCAGCUCAGGGGUAGAGCAUUUGCCUGGCACUUGUGAGCCCUGUUUCAAUUCCCAGCACUACCAGAAAAAAAAAAUGUGUAUCAUGAAUAUAAUUUUGUCUCAGGUGCCCCAUGUUGGGGGUGGGGACAGGGAGUGCAAUAUGAGGCCUGGCUGGCGGGGGAAUGUCUCCCUAUAUUUUUAAACUUUGAUAACGAUGCCAUAAAAAUUUACUUGUUUG